AUGGUCAUCAAAACAAAAUCAGCCACUGAUCAUGUCCGAGACCUCGAAGAGAUCCUCCAACAAGUCAGAAAGUACAACAUGAGAUUAAAUCCUGAAAAAUAUGUUUUUGGAGUUCAAGGGGGAAAGUUUUUAGGAUUUAUGAUUACUUGCCGAUGGAUAGAAGCAAAUCCAGAUAAGUGUCAGGCAUUGAUUAACAUGAGGAGCCCCCAAAAUCAUAAAGAGGCGUCCGAGCAGAGGUAUCAAACUAUUGAGAAGUUGGUCCUUGCCUUAAUAACCUCAGCUCGUCGACUUCAGCCUUAUUUUCAAAGUCAUCAGAUUGUAGUCAAGACCGACUAUCCUAUCAAACAGAUUCUUCGGAAGCCCGAUCUCGCAGGUCGGAUGACAGCUUGGUCAGUUGAGCUAUCUGAGUACGGAAUUAAGUAUGAAAGUCGGGGAGCAUUGAAAGCCCAAUGUCUUGCUGAUUUCAUAGCUGAGCUCACACCCAGCGUUUCGUUGGAAGAUCAAUCUUGGAUUUUACAUGUUGAUGGCUCAUCUAAUACCAAGGGUAGUGGUGCUGGAAUCAUCCUUGAAGGUCCUAAUGAUAUGAUGCUCGAGCUUGCAAUCAAAUUUGAUUUUCGAGCUACUAAUAACCAGGCAGAAUGUGAAGCUUUGCUUGCAGGUUUGAGAUUGGCCAAGGACGUUGGCGUCAAGAAGCUCAGGUGUUGUAGUGAUUCAAAGUUAAUUACAGAGCAAGUAGGGGGAAGUUAUCAAACAAAAGAACCACAGCUCCAAAGGUAUAACCUCAUGGUAUCUCAUUUAAUCUCCUCCUUUGACCAUUUUCAGAUUGAGCAUAUUCCACGAGCACAAAAUGUUAGAGCCGAUUUGCUAUCCAAACUAGCCAGUACUAAACGUCCAGGACAACAUAAAACAAUUAUUCAAGAGACAAUUAGCACUCCUAGCUAUGAUUCUGUAGCAAUAUUAGACAACAACCCUGGUCAGUCAAGUUGGAUGGCAAGCAUUUGGCAAUACCUCACAGAUGGUACUUUACCAAAUGACAAAAUGGAAGCUUCAAAAAUCAAAGCCAAAUCUUGUCAUUUCACAAUUGAAGCCGGUGAAUUGUUCAAAAGAGGGUUCUCAGUACCCCUUUUAAAAUGUCUUGACCCAGAUCAGGUUGAGUACGUGAUGAGCGAGAUCCAUCGAGGUAUAUGUGGUAUGCAUUCUGGAACUCGGUCCAUGGCAGCAAGAGUAGUCCGAGCUGGCUACUAUUGGCCAACUAUGAGAUCAGAUUGUAAAACAUAUGUACAAAAAUGUGAAGCUUGUCAGAAAUUCGGCAACCUACAUCAAUUACCUGCAACAGCACUUCACUCCAUGCAGUCAGCAUGGCCUUUUGCAUGGUGGGGCAUGGACAUCCUUGGUCCCUUCCCAAUUGCCAAAGGUCAAUUGAAAUUCUUAAUCGUAGGGAUUGAUUACUUCACAAAGUGGAUUGAAGCUGAACCUUUAGUGAGAAUUACAACAACUAAUGUGCAACGAUUUACGUGGAGGAAAAUCAUUUGCAGGUAUGGCCUACCUCAAGCAAUCACCACAGAUAAUGGCAAGCAAUUUGUGGAUAGAAAUUUUGAACAAUUUUUUACGCAACUUGGAAUUAAUCACAAAGUCACCUCGGUAGAACACCCACAAAAAAAUGGCCAAGCUGAAGCAGCAAAUAAAGUGAUUCUCUGA